AUGAACCUUCUUGUAAUAUGUAUUUAUUACCUAUUUUUUUUAAAUAUCGAAAAAAAUAUUUCCUGUUCAUGUUCUACUACAAAAAAUAAGAGUACUUUUGUAAGUUUAUGGGAUAAAUUUCGUCAAUUAUUUAAGGAUAAGGAAAUAGAGAAAGAGAAAAACAUAAUAACAUAUAAUUUUAUAAAACAUUAUAAUGAUGAGAAAUAUGUUAUUGAAGAAAAUAAGAAGAAUAGGUAUUUUACAGGAUAUGAAAUAAAUCAUAUAAAUCGUUUAAUAUAUAUGAAUAGUUUUAAAACAUAUAUAUUGAGUGCAUAUAUUCCAUAUAUAUAUAUGAGUGUACGAGAUAUAUAUAUAGUUUUAAAAAAAAUUAAAGAAUUAAAUUUUAAUACAGUAUAUACAUUUUUAUUUUGGCCAGAAAAUGAAUAUUUAGAAGAUGAAUAUGAUAUGAAUAAUUCAAAACUUUUUUAUUUAUUAAAUUUUUGUGCAUCUAAUGGAUUAUUUGUUAUAUUAGACAUAGGUCCAUAUAUUAAUAAUAUAUAUAAUUCAAAUAUUCCUACAUAUAUUUUAUUUAAUAAAAAAUUAAAUGAUUAUAUAAGAAAUAAAUAUAUAGAAAGGAAAGCAGAUUUGUAUAAAUAUUUUUUAUCACCAUGGGAAAAUAUAUGGAAAAGAAAAAGAAAUUCUCUUAUUAAAGAAACUAGAAAUUUGAAUAGACAAAUUAUAGAAAAGAAUAUAAAUAAUACAAAAUCUUUUUAUAAGAAAAAUAAUUACACAUAUAAUAAUAUAUAUAGUUUAUAUUAUUUUAAUAGAGUUAUUAAAUGGUAUAAUUAUAUAUUACCACAAUUAAAAAAAUAUAUGAAUAUUAAUAAUGGACCAAUUAUAUAUUUAAAUAUAGAUAAAACAUUUGAUAAUUAUUAUAUGUAUAUAAUUAUAGAUUUAAAAAGAAAAAAAAUUUUUAAUAACAUAUGUAAUGCACAACAUUAUAUGGAAAGGUCAAAUGUAUCUUAUUAUAAUAAUAAAAUAAUAGAUCAUGAUAAUAUAUCAUCUAUUAACAAAUCAUCAAGUUCAGAAUUUUUUUUAAAUUGUGUAAUCUCUUUUUUUAGAAGAAUUCGAAGAAGUUAUAUUAUGACUUUAGGAUAUUUAUUAUAUAUAAAAUUUAAUAAAUAUUUAAGAGUAAUAUAUGAAUAUGAUUUAGGUUUAUUAUUUAUAAACGAAAUUAAUAAAUUAGUACAAAAACAUUUAACUAAGGUUAAUAUAUUAACAACCAAUUAUCCUUAUAUAAAUGAUGAAUUUAUUAAUUCAUAUGCAGGAAAUAAUUGUUAUAAUCAUUUUUUAAAAAAUAAUUGGUUUGAUAAUGAAUGUAUAAAUUUAAAUAAACCAUGUAUAUGGUCUCAGGUAUGGACAGGGGCAAAAUAUAGUAUCCACAACGUGAACUCUUCCAGUAUAUUAAAAAGGAAAUAUGAUGAUCAUAUAUUAUAUACCUCUCCUUAUGUUAACAUAGAAAAUAAGGUGGACAAAAUAUCAUCUCCCCAUCCUGAUCAUGAUAAAGCAAAUGAUAAAAAGGGGAACCAACCUACUGAAAAAAAGGAUAAACAAAAAAAUAUUGAUAAUAAAAAAAAUAAUAAUAAUAACAAAAAUAAUAAUAAUAAUAAUAAUAAUAAUAAUAAUAAUAAUAAAAAUAAUAAUAAUAAUAAUAAUAAUUAUUAUAGUGUUGAUAAGGGGGGAAGUGUACAAAAUAAAGAAGAGUUGUCACACGGUAAAGACGAUGGUAUAACUAAUAAUUAUAAAGAUUCAAAAAAAUGUUAUAAAGACAAAAAGAUAAAUAUGGAUGAUAUAAAUUCGAAUGUAAAAAAAAGAAGGAUACAAAUAAAUAAGAAUAAUAAUUAUUAUAAUAAUAAUUAUAUAGGUCAUAUAAGAAAUUUUAAAGAUCUAACAUUCAACAUUGUAGUAUUUAUAGCGAAAGGUGGAGUAUUUUUAAAUAUUUUUCCAUAUUAUAGCGGCAAUAAUAUUAAUAAUAUUCAUUCGUAUAUAGAACAUUAUAGUAAAGAAACAGGACAACCUCUAGAUUUAUAUUUUAAUCAUAAAGAACCUUUAUAUUCACAUAUAAAACGUAUCUUUAAAAUAUUAUACAAGUAUGGAAAUUAUUUAUUAAAAGAUGAAUAUUAUAUUAAUCCAAUAAAGAUAUCGAAUAAUAUAGAAUUAUAUGAUUAUGAUAUAAUAAAAAUAAUAUGUAAUUAUAAUAUUAAAGGAAGUACUUUUGUUAAAAUUGGACAUGUUAAUUAUAAUAUUAAUAGUUUUAGCUGUAUUAUAUAUCAUGAAUAUAAAAAGAAAAUAAUUUAUGAUACAUCCUAUAAUUAUUCUUAUGAAUAUUCUUAUAUUAAUAAAAAAGAAACAUAUAAACCUAUUGACAAAUAUUUAUAUUCAUUAAAUACAAUAAAUACUGGUCCAUUAAUGUGUAUAAAAGAAAAACAACAAAAAAUUAUUAAACCAUCAAAUAAAAAUAAAAAUAAAUUAUCUAAAAAUAUAAAUAUUUAUAAGAAAAUAUUUACAUACCUUUUUCCAAAUAAUUUCUUUCAUAGUGUCUAUGAAAUAAAUGUAUUAAACCAUUUUUAUUUAACUAUGGACUUUACCAAAUUUCAGUGGUAUAUUUUAUCCUUCAAGAAUACAAUGAAUUAUGUUAAAUUAUUUAUUAGUAAUUAUAGUUUAUAUAUAUAUAUAUAUGCAGAUAAUAAAUUUAUAUAUGGUGGAUUUAACGAAUAUAAAUUUAUAGAAAUUAUGAACUGUAAGCAUAUAUAUAUUAUAUGUGUAAAUCUUGGUUUGGGAUUUCCCAAAGAACAAGUAAGAACAGAAUUUUUUAAUUAUAUUAAUUUCAAUCAUUUGAAAUAUAAUUAUCAGGAAAAUAAUUUUAAUAGUUCAUCUCAUACUUCCAUAAAUUCAGAUCACAAUAUGAAUGACCAAGGUGGACCAUAUUUCAACAUGAAUAAAUCUGCAUCAUCAAAAAAUAAGAGAGGUAUCCAAGAAACUGGGAAAGGUAAUUCUAAAAAUAAAAUGGAUCAUGAUAACAGGAAGGAAGUUGUAAAUUCAGACAAGGAUGAAAAACAUCUAAAGGAACAGAAAGAUCCAAAGGUUAUGAAUAAAUUGGAUAAAAAUCAUCCAAACGGCAACAACAACAACAACAAAAAAAAUUAUAAUAACAGCAAAAAUUAUAAUAAGGACAAAAAUUUUAAUAAUAAUGUUAGUAGUAAUGGAUAUACCAUUUUUGACGACUUAUACGAUUAUUAUAAAAACAAGACAGAACAAAAUCAUAAUAUAUAUAACAAUUUUAUGUAUGAUGAAAAGAAUUAUAACAUGCAUAAUUAUUAUGAUGAAGACAGUACGAACACGUAUAUAUUUAUAGUAACGAGAAAUGAGUACGAAUUAUUUAACUGUGUAGGAUUAAAUGGGGAAAUAAUAAAAAAUGAAAAACAUAUGAAUGAAUAUAAAAAAAUGUAUAACUUUUUGGAUUAUUCAUUUGUAAAGACAUAUUUAAUGAAUACUCAAAGUAGUAAUACAAAUGAUGUAAGUGAACAAAAUAAAAAUAAAAAUAAAAAUAAAAACAAAAAUAAAAAGGACAACAAGGGCAAUAAUAAUAAUCAUGAUGAUGAUGAUGAUGAUGAUAAUGAUAAUAAUAAGGUGAUAAGUAAAGAUACCAAUAAUAAUGAUAAAAAUUAUAUACAGUCAAAUGAUAAUAUCCAAAUUAACAAUCAACCGAAUCAAAUAAAUAGAGACUACCAGAAUUAUCAUAAUAAUAAUUUUAAAUCAUUAUUAACAAAUAAAAAAAUAGAAAUGAAAAGUAUUACGAAAGCUUUUUUAAAUUUGUGUACAUCUGGAUUUUUUUCGUUCAUAUUUAAUAAAAUAAAAUAUUAUUGUAAAACAGGAAUUUUUAAAUAUUUGAGUACAUUCAAUAAAGUUAAUAAAAAUAAUACGAGUACCCCUUUAACUUGGUAUACAUUAUUAUACUUUAUAAAAAAUAUCGAUUUUCUUCGUUCUAAGUAUUCUUUAAAAUUGUCAACAUAUGAUAAAAAAACAAAAAACAUUGAUGGGUUAUUUAGAGGUUUUGUCUAUAUUAAUAAUCAUUUUUUAGGAAGUUUCUGGAUAACUGAUGAUGUGGAUAGUUAUGAAAAAGAAAUUAAUGAAGAUGAAAAAUUAAAAAAUGGAAAAAAAAUCAAAAAAGAAAAAAGUAAAUUUUUAAAUAAUGAAAAUUUAAUACAUAUACCAUUAACAAGAUAUAUGAGAAUACCAACAGACUGGUUAGUUGAAGGUACAAAUAUUGUUAUUCUAUUUGAUGAGUUUGGAGGAAAUCCAUAUAAGGUAGAAAUUGUAAGAGAAAUACUACAUGGUGGUGUAUAUAGACUAACCAAAAAAGAAAAAUAUGUAAACUGGAUUCUCUUCCUUUUUAUUUUAAGUAUUAUUGUUUUUAUUACUUAUUUCUUUUUUAAAGCAUUACAUAAUUAUUUUAAAACAAAAGAAGAAAAAGAAAGAAACAAACAAAAUUAUCAAAAUAUUAUAGAAAAUAUUAUAACACAUAAUAUAUAUAUAAAUAGUUCCUAUGAUGAUAUAACUGAAGAAACAAAUACGGAAAAUAUCCAAAAUGUUAGUGACUUCUUGGACUCAUAA